AUGCUGGCACACGCGUGCAAGGUUAGCACCGGCGCGCCCCUGGACGUCCAGCCCUGGAGCGGGAGCCGCGGGGCUCCUGUUCAAGUGCUCGGCCGACGGCAGGUCUGGGGGCCGGAGGCUGCGAUCCCGCCCGGCGCCCACGGGGGCCACGGCCUGCCUGCGGGGCCACCUUCUGCUGUUCGUGCCAUGAGUCACUCGCCACCAGAGCACUGUUCCUCCAGCUACGGGGCGGCGGCACGCAGGACGGCGGAGGCCCCAGCGCAAGUCCCCGGAGAGCCGGGGGGACGCCGCGGGCUCGUCCUCAGUGAGCCCGGGAGCCCCGCUCUCCCCGGCCCCAGGCUCUGCUCGGCCGGCCCCGCGAGGCCCAUCCGGACCUCGUCCUACAGCGCCCGGCCCCUGUGGCGUGGCCUGCUGCCUCCCGUGGUCCUCCCGGCCCCGCCGCCCGAGUCCCCCCUCCCCGCGCCCAGCAGGCGGUGCCCUGAGCUGACACCUGCCCCCAGCGGACGAAGCCCUCGGCCCGGGGUCUCCGAGAAGCCCCCAGAGGCCGCGGUGUUUGCCCGGAGGCGGAGCUCAGGACGGCACACAGGCGCCUUUGUUCUCCAGCCGGGCCCGAGGACCCCUCCUCCGGCUGGCGGCCCGGGCGUCGGGGGGACGCGGCGCAGGCCGAGGGCCCCUCCCCAAGUCGUUGCCCGCGAGCCGCCCAGUCCACCCGCCGGGGCCAGCACCUCGCCGCGGGGCCGUGCCCGUCUGACCCCUGCCGCCCAGCGGGUGGGGGGCCGCGACCUGUCCCGCCAGAGCCGCGCAGGACGGCUGGAGGCGCGGGCGUGGCCCCUGACUCAGAACCCCUCCCCCAAGCCCGGGUCACGUCCUCCCUCGGCCGCCCCCCGGACGCCCCUGCUGCAGGGCAGCCCCCUUCCGGCCGGCCCCUCGCACGCAGCUGCCGGGGAGCUCACGGAUUCAGGGGUCAAGCUCCGCGGCACCAUGUUCACCCAGGGGUGCAACUGGCCACACUAUGGCUCGCGGCUCUUCGAAAUGCGGGGUCCUCCGGGAUCCGCGCUCGAUGGCCUGGGUGGGGGCCGCGCUGUCACCGCGACUCGCGGGAAGGACGCCGCUUUCCUGCGCGUGAGUUGCCGGCGAGGCUCUGUUCGUCUCUUGGUUCUGGGAGACCGUGAGCCUUCCGGGCGGGCGGCAAGGCCUCCCAGCUCCUCGGGCUUGGGGACCCCGGUCAGGCGUCUGCAGGACGGUCCCCGGGACACCUGCCCUGGGCAGCCCCACGCACGCCGGCCGCCCCGGGAGAGGCUGAGGAAGGCCCCGCACGUGUCAGAACCCGAGGAGCCAUCAGCAGUCAGCACACGCGCGGGCGCGGGGCUGGGGCUCGGGAUCCCGCUCCAGGAGGACCCCGCGCACCCCUCCCCCGAGCCCGGAACCCCUGGCCGCGCGGCUGCGAGUCAACUUUUCCAGGGCGCCUGCCCUCUGGACCGCGCAGCGCAUGUACGGCCGAGGGGCGCCGGGGGCCACGGGGGCGGGCGGCCUGUUUGGCUCUGGGCGUCGGGGGCUCUGGGCGGCUUCCGGGUUCUGCUCUUCCCACCUGCACUGGCCUCAGGGGCCCUCCACACAGAGGUAGGCUCGGAACGGACGGAAGACCUAAAUGAGACAGGGAUCCGUCAACACCCAGAGGGGACGCAGGCAGCAGCCUCGGUGGCUUCGGCCGCAGCUGCCCUGGGUCGCCGCGUCUCCGACGGCAAGGGACGCGGAGGCACACGUGAGCGAUGGGGCCUGACCGGGAUCACAAGCGUCCUCACAGCCGAGGAGCCAGUCAACAGAACCAAGACGACCUGCGGGGUGGGCGGGGAUGCUUGCGAGCGUCUCCCCCGCCAAGGGCUGGUGUCCGAGAUCCACGAGGAACUUCCCAAACUCAACACCCGAGAGACGAACAAUCCCUCAAGAGAUGGGCGGAAGACCUGGCGCGUGGGGGCCGCCGCUGCCUGUCCCCCUGCCCUGGGCAACGACAAGCUCUCGGCCGGGGCGGUUCACGGCCACCUGUGCGGGCAGCCGAUGAGCACCAGCACGUGGGACGGUGUUGUCCCCCCAUCCUGGUCGGGAAAGCCCCGGAGGCCGGCCCGCGCUGACCCGCCUCGUCGGGGUAGCCCGGUUCUCACCCGCGUCCCCCGGGGGGUGCCCGACAGCCCCCAGUUCCUGCGGGGACGGCCCCGUGCAUGCGGAGGCCGGGCCACCCGGUGGGGCCGUCCGGGUCACACGGGCCUGAAGGCAAAUUUGCUGAGGCUGCGAGAGAAUGCGCCGCGUCUGCUGCCUCCACCGCGGGGUGCGGAGCAACCUCAGCAAGCACAAAACGAGCUUCGAGGGCAGAGCAAAGCCCUGUGGGUGGACGCCAGCCGUCCGGACUCCGCGGGCGGGCACUCGGGUGCUGGCGGGCACGGAGGCGAGGACCUGGGCCCCGUCCAGCGCCGCCCGUUCCUGUCCGCAGCCUCCUGUCACAACCAAGGAAUCCGCACGUCCCUGAGCGCAGUCCUGAGAUCCACGACGGGCUCGUCGGACGCGCGCUGGGCCUCCUGCUCCUGCCCGGCAGGGGGGCACCGCGGCCCACGUGGGCAGGAGGGUGCCUCAGCUUUGCGGAUCUCUCCGAGCAGUGGUGUCUGUCGGGACGUAGGGCUUCAGGUUCCCGAUCCCCCCGCCCCCCAGAGCUUCUCUCUUGUCAACCAGAACCCACGGGAACCAGCUUGGGAGAGCAGGAGCUCACCACAGGGGAGCGAGGAGGCUACCAUAAGGGAGCAAGCCUUCCUGGGGGAGCUCGAGGCAGGAGCCAAGGCCCUGGGGCAGGACCCUCUGCUCUCCUGGGCAGACUUCCACGUCCAGGGCCUGUUCCCCACGGGGGUGACGGGCACUGCUCCCUCGCCCCUCCCGGCGGUGCCCUGCGCUCACCUCCCGCCCCCAAAGCUGGUGUGGGCGGCCGUGAGCCAGGAGGAGUGCGGUGAGGUCCCCGCGGGCGCCGUGAGGACACGCGGAGUGAGCAACCAGGAAGGGGCCCUCCAGCCCUGCUGCCCCCCGCCUCCGGAGGCCCAGCCACGCACCCCACUGCUGGCUCCUUAG